UCCAAAUUCGUUCCUUCCCCGAAAAAGACAAGUCGUGCUCCUCAGAAGGUGCUCACUACAGUGAUUAACGCCAGCUCGGAGGAUGCUCCGUGGGAAACGGUCUUUAUGGCUGAGGUUGCUGACAACAAGAACUUGAAAGAAUCGGUGAAGGAUGAUUUAAUUAAAAUGAUGCGGGUUCUAACAGACGAGCUCGCUACCGGAGGUUCCUUGUCGACGCUGAGACGGUGCCUGCAAGUGGGCAGGGCUGUAAAACGAUGGAUACCAGAGGAGGCUUCCUCGUGGAGUCCUAUAAGGAAGGUCGCUAGUGAGCUGGUAUUCCUAGCACGAGACCAGAUCCGGGAAUUAAGCCUUCAUAACGGGGCGACGACAGCUGAUGUGUUGCUCAUGCCACCUGAGCUACCGCAACAGGCAUCAGGCGUCAGGAGGCAUAGACCCGAAGGUGAUGUUAGCAACACCAUGCAUAGCAUCAUACAAGGGAUAGCAAGGGAUGCGGAUGAAGCUGCUAAUGUUGGCUCUCAGAGGAGUAAAUUACGAAGAAUUGAAGUAGGGAUAGACUCAGAACCUUCUGGAGGUGGGCGGCGAGCAGCUGAUUCUGAUGUUGGGAGUCCGCAGGAGGAGUCGGAUGGUGGCGUUGCCGAUUGUGAUGAUAGCGAUGAUGACGACAGUGUUGUUGUUAUUGAUGUUGAUGAUGAUGACAUACUUGAUGCUUAUUGA